AUGGCUUCUGGUCAAAAUGUAAAUAGAACCGUCGAAAAUAAUGUGAUCACUUUGAAUGAUUCCGAUGAAGAAACGGAAGACAGCAAUCCAUUAAGUACAAGUAGUUCAAGUGCCUCCUUGAAUCUUUGUAGAGUCUGCGGAGCCGAAAAAGCCGCCCAACACUAUGGAGCUCUCAGUUGUGUCGGAUGUAAAGGAUUUUUCCGUCGAGCACUUCUCAAGGCGGAUCAGUUGGAAUGUGCGGCGAAUGGAGAGUGUACAGUUAGUGUUUUGCAACCACGUAAACCCACAACUACCGUAGCCUCAUGUGACCUAACUGAUCGUCGCAGGACCACAAAAACACUUGAGGAAUGGAUGAAGAAGAUGACAGUUGACAUGAGAACUAUACUCAUGACUUUGUUGAAUAUUGAGACAAAAGUUAUGAAAGGAGACACUCAGCAGGAGGCAUCGAAGUUGUAUCCACUAAAAGGGAUUGAUAAAUUGAGGAAUAUUGUGGAGACACCGAUUAGUUUGAAGGGAAAACGAACGGAAAUGAGAUAUGAAACAUAUCGAAUGGCUGGAAAUGAUGAGUUGUGUGCGAUUGCGUAUAGGAGAUUGAUUGCGGCUAUUGAUUGGGUCGAGAGCUUAUCGCCAUUGUUGGGACACUUAACCGUGGAUGAUAAGAUAGCACUCAUAAAAUCCUCCUUCGCUCCCCUGAUGGUCUUCAACUUCUGCGCCAGGACCGCUGAAGCCUGCCAAGACGUCUCUGUAAUUUUGCAUAUUCAUCUUGGAAACGGGCUUGUCGAACGGGCGCUCAAUGAACUCGUAGCGGUUUACAGGGAGUAUGGAAUGAGAGAAGAGGAAAUAGUCUGUGUGAAUGCAAUGAUUUGUUUGAAUCCCCUGGCGAAGGAUGUGUCGGAUUCACUUUUUGAGAAGAUAGUGGAGUUGAGAAAUCGAAUAGCGGAUUGCUUGUUUUCAAUUGUCAAGGAAGUUAGGUUAAGCCCCACACCGAAUGUUUGCUAUGGGCAUAUUCUGUUGUCGUUGGCUACUGUUACGGAACUAGCCAACGCGAUGAGCGAGAAUCUCCAAUUCGCUCAAACAUUUUCGAAUCAAGGUGAAAUUCCUUUGUUGACUGAUCUGUUCGGAUGCUUCACUGUUGAACCAUUUUUCAAGGAAGUCGAUGAGUUGGCAGCGUUGAGUCUGGAAAAGGCGUUGACUGAGAAGAAGGAAAUUAGUACCCAGACUGAUCGAGUUCCACCCCCGAGGGCUUUGUUGAAACGGCAAGCAACUAUAGACGAGGAGAGUGAAGAACCUGCCCGACAGAACUUCCGACUUCUACAACCACCGAAUAAUUUCUAUAUUACGGAAAUGUUGGAUGAUUUGAGAGCACCGUCCUCCUCUAUUUCCCUCUCCUCCCCAGAUGAAUACCAUCCCACCAGCACUGCACCAAUGAACAAUCACGCCGAGAAUCAUCUGAUGGGCCUGAAUUAUGAUGCAUCUACGAUACAGAAUGGUGUGAGCAGUAAUGGAGUUGCUCAUCCUCCUACAGUACCUACAGUACCACCGGUCGCUGCGAGACCAGUCUACGAUCAGCAACCAUCGUGUUCCAAUCAGAAUCCGUCAACAUUUUAUAACUUCCCCCCUCCACCCGGUUAUCCACCUCUUAACGCUGGUUAUACUCCAAAUAUCAACUAUCCUCAACUCUAUCAACAACCCCAAUAUUACAAUUUUCCCGCUCAAAAUGUAGAUCAAACUUACCCAUAUUCUCAAGACAUUCCCCCACCUCAACCAUAUUUCUACAACCAAAACCCACAAAAUUAUCCACAUCAUCAUAACAAUUUUCAGAAUCAAUACGCGUCUUGA